UGAAACCACAAGCACUCGCGUCCUGGCCAAGUCUGGGAUUCAGCAGACCACCCUUUGCUACCCACGCCAGCCUCGUGCUCGGACGGGCCUUGUAUAAGAAAUGCACUUGCCCCCCACCAUGUGCCUUUGCGGCCCCUCCUCUCUCCAGCCCAUUCUGAUAACUGAACUACCAACGAAAACCCAAGUAGUGAACAUCUACCACAAUAUUCCUUGACAAUCAUCACACCUCAGAACCAGAACCAUCAUGACCGACUACCGCUCUGCCAACGGCUGGGCCCAGCAAGCUGCCACCUUCUCGCCCAUCGAUACCUCCUUUCAAUGGGACUACGCUGGCGUCCAGUCACCCAAGAACAUGGUUAGCCACUACAACGACCUUUUGCAAAGAGCGGCCGACUUCUACGCCACCCUCGACAACUCCUUCGACAGCAUGUCGUCGUCCGGAUCAGACAGCUCUUACAGAUCAACGCCGGAGCGCCGAGUGUCACCGACGAGCAGCAGCAGUGUCGUCGCUCAAGUAAAGAGCUCCAUUCCCGACAAGAUCGAGAGAAGACGAGAACAAAACCGCUCAUCGCAGCGAGCAUACAGGGAGCGCAAAGAGCGCCAUCAGAAGGAGCUCGAAGAACAGAUCACCCAAUGGCAGCAAAAGCAUCAGAUGCUUUCCCGAUCGUACUCGCAGCAAACCGAGGAAGUUGCCCGUCUAAAGGCGCAAAUCGAGCAGCUCAACGGCGAAAUCACCCAGCUCCAGUCCGGGUUGCCCAAUCUUUGUGGGUCGUUAUGCCAAUCGCCCCAAGAGUUCGACCUGGUGCCGUUCUUCAACACGGAUGCGCUGAGCCCGCAGAGUACUCCGCGGCUAUCGCAUUCCAUUCCAAGCAGGCGUAACUCUUGAGGGUUCCAGACGCCGCAGCUGAUGACGUAUGAGUGAUUUUACUGGACAGCAUAGCGCAAGGCUGGGACGACCAAGGGGCGUUGGAUGAAUAGGAAACGCGGAGUUCGUGCAUUUGAUGUUCAUCGGAUGAUCGAGUGUGCAUUUGAGCGAGAGGCAAAUUGUGCAUUCCUCGUUGUUUGAGCCAGAAACCCAUGUGUGUGGAUGUUUGCAUCUAUGGGAGAGCAGACGUUGCGGAAAAUUGUCCUAAAAGGGGCUACUUGAGAUGUCUUCUUCAAUCAGAGAGGCACCAUAAUACUGAGUUACGAUGACAGGCGCUACUUGGCUUGGGCAGCCUCCGUCGAACGAUUUUUGAUAGAAAUUAUUUCCCCUCGACUUGGCUCGCGCCAAACGGAAUGUCACUGAACGCGCAGACAUCUCGAGCGGACAAUUCCCAUUCCUUCCUUGAAGCUGCAAAGUCAUGCCUCCCGGAGACGCAGC